UGAGCAUGUGUGCCCCUCACCUCUUUAUAAGUAGAAACAGGGGCCUGGGGAAAAAAUCACAGAACUUCGCCAUCAAACAGGCACCUGGUUCCAAACCAGCAGGAAACCAGCUUCUGAACAUCAACCGCUGCUGUCAGAGAAGAUCUGCUCUCAGCAGGAUGUGGAAAACCACAGCGCUUGCAGUAUGUCUGCUGCUGGCUGGAGUACAGGCACUGGACGGCCCCUCGUACGGAGUCAAAUUAUGCGGCCGGGAGUUCAUCCGCGCUGUCAUUUUCACCUGCGGAGGCUCUCGGUGGAAGCGCUCCUUGACAAACACAGAUGAAAUACUGGACUUAUUCAGCUCGUAUGACAGUAAUGCUCCAGACAGCGCAGUGCUGUACGGUGCUGCACCGUCCUCCCAGCAUGCCCCUGACUCAAAUCUUCCAUCACUGGCACAAGGGGAACAGGAAGGUGGCGUGUUCAGCAGGCCAGUGCGCUCUCUCAUUUCACAGGAGGUGCUUGAAGCGUUGCGUACCGUGGACAGAAAAGGACGUGAUGUAGUGGUGGGACUGUCCAACGCUUGCUGCAAGUGGGGCUGCAGCAAAGGAGAAAUCAGCUCCCUUUGCUGA